UCGAUCUGACACUUCGGCUCGAGCAAUCCAAAUUAUUUCGUGGAUUAUGCUUCAAAUUAACAGUUAAAGGACAACGUCAGCGGCCGCAGGAUGCGUCGCAAAAACCGAUCUAUCAAAUGGCGACGGAUUGUUAGACUACACACCAACGUCUCCGGGGAAGGCGAAAGUCAGGCGUACGUCAUAUCUGGCAGAGCGCAGGCCGUGCUCUCCGCCGUCCUAGAGAGCAUAUUGGACGAGUGUCUGCAAGACGCUAAGAAUUUGGCUACGGCAGUCGGCAAAAGCUGCGUCACCCCCGAAGAAAUGGAGAAAGCAUUGAGGAGCCUCUGUCUACGUUUGAACGCGCAGUCAGGCACACCGGGCAAACAGAAACUUAGCACGCAACGUGAACACGCUUGAAGUGAGAGAUUGUAUGCGCAUGGUGAAGUCUUCUCGAUGUAGUGACUUGAAACAAAAACCAGUGAAAAGGGAAAAUUACCUCAUCUCCAGUGGAGUUAUUCUUCGAUGAAUUAAAGGUCAAUUAGCAUAUUCAUAAAAACACGAAAGAUGUCAAUUUUCGUAUUUGCAUUAGAGA